AGCGUAUAAAAUUGUAAUUCACAGUUUAAGCCGACAAGUACCCAUACGACGUUGACGAACACAAUAUACUUAGAAAAACAUGAAGUUAAAUUAUUUCCUUUUUAUUGUGAUUCUGGCUAUUUCCUUUUCUGAUGUUAUGGGAACGUAUAUGGAAGCAAGAUGUCUCCUAACAAUGGACCAAGGACAUUGCGUCGACCUCAUACAAAUGUAUGCUUACAACAGGAAUACUGAUAAAUGCGAAAGAUUUCUCUACGGAGGGUGUGGGGGAAAUGAGAACCGUUUCAGAACCAGGAAAGAGUGCAAAAGGGCUUGUGGAGACUCGCCACCUCACUUACUGGGCCCCCGGCAAUCAGUCGCGAAAUCGCAACAAGAGGGCAACAGGUACAUGAGCGGCUUAAGGUUCCGUCUACGUUCUGGCAGAAAUACCUUCCGCAACCCACAAAGCGAGCGGGAAUUCAAGCGAAAUCAAGACUUUGUGUACCUACUUAGUAAAAACAUGAAGUUAAUUAAUUUACUUUUAAUUGUGAGUCUGGCUAUUUUCUGUGAAGCCAGAAUUAUAUACAUCGAAUCGAGAUGCUUACUACCCAAGCAAGCAGGACCUUGCCUUGCAAUAUAUCAUAGGUAUUUCUUUAAUGCAAGGUCUGGAAGAUGUGAAUUCUUUGUCUUCGGGGGUUGUUAUGGAAAUGAUAACCAGUUCGGAAAAUUAAGCGCGUGCCAAGAUGCUUGCGAACGCGAUCAUUAUUAUGACUAGCCUUUUU